GUUAGGGCGGGGCCAGGCGCAGGCUCUGUGGGGGCGGGGCCCGGUGCGGGCGUGAUGGCGGGGCUGACGUGGCGGCCGCGGGUUAGCGAGCGCUAGCCCCUGCGCGAUAGGGGAGCGGAAGGCCGGGCUCGGCCCUCCGUGCCCGGCCCUAGGCGGCAGCGGCUGAGCUGUAUAAAGCCGGCGGCUGGGAGAAUGUAAUGUCGUUAUGCGGAGGCCGCGGUGGCGGCAGCGGCGACCAAGACGGCGGGGACGGCGGCGAGGGCUCCGAGGGCUCCGGCGGCAGCAGCGGCGGCUCCUCCAGCCCAGCCCCUCCCGGCCCCGCGGGCCUCCUCUGCCGGAGGCUGCGCGGCGCCUCCCUGAUGGCCCGGCGGAGGCCCGAGCUGCUGUGCGGGGUCGUGGCCGUGGGCUGCGCGCUGCUCCUGGCCCUCAAGUUCACCUGCAGUCGUGCAAAAGAUGUGAUAAUACCAGCAAAACCACCAGUAAAUUUCUUCUCUUCAAGAUCGCCUGUCCUUGACCUCUUCCAAGGACAGUUGGACUAUGCAGAAUACAUUCGUCGAGAUUCAGAAGUGGUGUUGUUGUUUUUCUAUGCUCCAUGGUGUGGACAGUCCAUUGCUGCAAAGGGAGAAAUUGAACAAGUAGCAAGCAGGCUUGCAGACCAGGUGUUGUUUGUGGCAGUUAACUGUUGGUGGAACCAAGGGAAAUGCAGAAAACAGAAACACUUCUUUUACUUUCCUGUAAUAUAUCUGUACCAUCGGAGUUUUGGACCAAUUGAAUACAAAGGCCCCUUGCGUGCUGUUUACAUUGAGAAGUUUGUUCGCCGGGUGAUGACACCACUUCUCUACAUCCCCGCUCGGUCAGAAUUACUAGAUUUUCUCUCAAAUUAUGAGCCUGGAGUACUGGGAUAUUUUGAAUUCAGUGGUUCUCCCCAACCUCCUGGUUAUUUGACAUUCUUCACUUCAGCAUUAUAUUCAUUAAAGAAAGAUUACCUAGGAACAUUACGCUUUGGUGUUAUCACAAAUAAACAUCUUGCCAAACUGGUAUCCUUGGUGAACUCUGGAAGUGUGUAUUUACAUAGGCAUUUCAACACAUCACUUGUGUUUCCCAGAGAGGUAAUGAACUACACAGCUGAAAAUAUUUAUAAAUGGGCUUUAGAAAACCGAGAAAUGCUUGUUCAAUGGCUGCAACCACAUGGAGGGAAAAGUCUUCUCCUGAAUAAUGAACUCAAAAAAGGACCAGCACUUUUUUUAUUUAUACCGUUUAAUCCCUUAGCAGAAAGUCAUCCUCUAUUAGAUGAGAUUACCGAAGUGGCCUUGGAAUACAACAACUGUAAUAAAAGUCAGGUAGUUGAACAUCUGCUUCAGCACCUGAGACAUGUGGAUUCAUCAACAUUGGAUUCUCUGGUAUCCAACCCCCCAAUCCAGCUGGCAGAAUCAUCUUCAAUAACUGAGUCCCCAUGCUGCAAUACUGUGGUGCUUCCUCAGUGGCAUUCCAUCUCAAGAACCCACAAUGUCUGUGAGCUUUGUGUCAACCAGUCAGUUGGGAUUAAGCCAAGUAAAGUCAAUGUGCCACAGUGCAGUUUUUUUGAGAUAGCAGCAGCUUUGGACUCAUUCUACCUCAAGGAACACACCUUCUAUCAAGUUACAUCAGAUAGCAUAGAAUGCAGCAAUUUUUUAAGUUUCUAUAGUCCUUUUAGCUACUACACUGCAUGUUGCAGGACUAUGAAUAGGGGCUUGACUAAUUCUGAAGAGGAUAUCUUUCAGUCCCCUACCAUCGCAUUUUCUUCCCAUGAGAAGAAAUGCAAGAUUGAUAACCCAAGUUCUGUUCCUCACAUUGAGGAGAGCAUCCCUCUCUUUCCUGGUGUUGAUAUUAAUAGCACAAGUAUCACUGGCUUGAGCUGCAGGACCAACAAGACCUUGAACCUUUAUCUCUUGGAUUCAAAUUUGUUCUGGUUGUAUGCAGAAAGGCUGGGUGCAUCAAGUUCGACUCAGGUUAAAGAGUUUGCUGCUAUUGUUGAUGUAAAAGAAGAAUCUCAUUAUAUCUUGGACCCCAAACAAGCUCUUGUAAAGCCUGCUCUAGAGUCCUUUAUUCAGAACUUCAGCAUUCUCUACAGUCCAUUGAAAAGGCACCUUAUUGGAAGUGACACUGUCCAUUUUCCUUCUCAGCACCUAAUCUCUGAAGUAACAACUGAUACCUUUUGGGAAGUAGUCCUUAGAAAACAGGAUGUUUUGUUGCUGUAUUAUGCACGUUGGUGUGGGUUCUGUGCAUCUCUCAAUCAUAUUUUCAUCCAGCUUUCUCGUCUCCUGCCUCCAGAUAAAUUCACUGUGGCCAGGAUUGAUAUAGCUCAGAAUGAUCUUCCCUGGGAAUUUAUGGUUGACCAUCUCCCUACUAUUUUGUUUUUUCCACGCAACAGGAAGGACUUGAGUGUGAAGUUUCCUGAGGAUACUCCCAUCACCCUUCCCAAUCUGCUGAAGUUCAUUUUACAUUAUUCAGACCCCAUUUCUGCUGUUGGGAGCUCAGCUGACCCCCAAACCAAAGAACGUCUUCAGAAUGAGGCAGUAUUACAGAAAGGACACAUAUCUCACUUGGAGAAAGAGAUUCGUAAAUUAAGAGCAGAAAUCACUACUCUUCACCAGGCUCAAGCCCAAGUGGAAUCCCAACUUUCAGAUGCCAGGAGAGACAAACACAGACUACAAAAGCAAAAACAAACACUGGAAAAGCAACAUAGUGUUCUUCAGCUUCACAGUGAGCAGUUAGAGGCCCUCUAUGAGCAGAAAACCAGAGAGUUGGAAGAGAUGGCUCUGAAACUUCAAGAAUUAGCAGAUGCAUCAGAAAACCUUUUAACUGAAAAUGCAUUACUGAAAAUCCUGGUAGCAACAAUGGAAGGAAAAUUAGAAAAUAAAGAAGAAUCUAAAAAAUCCAAUACCCUACAAGAGUCAUUUUCUCAUGAAACUGAACUGCAGUCACGAGACAACACAAAACUUGCCACUAUAAGUUCUCCUGUGGCUUCUGAACAGAAUAAUGAAAAUAGGACAGAUUGAUUUUUAAAAUAUGAAGAAAUCAGAAGGGACAGUUGUGUACUGGGAAGAUAAUUUAUGCAAAUUUUAUUGAAAUUCAUUGUAAAUAAAAAUUUUUCUCAGUGGUCUAGAAAAUCAAAGUGGAUGAUCAUUCAACUUGGGGAAACAUUCCCUAUAUAAUUUAUUGCACAAACUUGGUAGGUUUGAGACCAAAACAGUAGUACAGGUCCUCAGGGAUAACAAUCAGAAAAAGAGGAGUUCAUCUUUAAGUGAGAGUAACAAACAAUUCUUGCAUUUCCCCUACUAUAAUUUUCUAAUCAUUCCUUCUUGCCACCUGUUCAGCAAGUCUGAAGGUGAUAAACUAUUUAGAGUUGCUUUGAGAGGUUAGUAAAUCUUCAGACUGUGUAAGUGAUCGAAGGGCUUACAAGCUAAAUAUGUAUUGAUUGGCGAGCUUGGUAAAAGCUGCUUCUUUACCUGCCAUUUUACUGGCCACUUUUAUUGGUGUUUCCAUCUUAAGCAGAGCUUCAAUCUAGUAAGUGGCAAUGCUACUUUCCACCAAACACUGCCUGUCUUUAAGAAGUCUGAUUUUAAAAAUAAAAAGAGCAAAGUUAAAAGUUCUCUCUGGUGACCAAGUGGAGGAAAAAAAUCUUUCCCUAAAAUUUAGAGAAAUGAAAAGUAUUUUUAAAAUUAUCAGCCCUACAAAAAGCCAGACAUGAAUUUGUUAGAUGACCUCAGCAUACUCCAUAAUAUGCAAAUGUGAAGUUGCCCUUGGAUUACUUUGCUGGCCACAUAGGGACUGUUUUCCCUACAGAGCACAAUGAUGAAGAGGUAGAAAGCUUCGGCAGUUUUUGUGCGAUUAGGUCAAUGGUGGCCCCUCCUAGGAUUUGCUCAUUUUCAGCUUGCACACCUCACCAACCCUUUCCUCCUUGGGCUUGGAUGUUGGUUCUCCCUUUAAUUCACAGGCCAUAAGCAGCCGUUAUAUUGGCACUUACAAUUGUCUCUCUUAAACCUAGAGUACUUUCCAGCAUCCCCAACUUGGGGCUCCAAAGAAGUGUGACUUUUAUUAACCACAGUUUGACUUGUAUCCCAAUAGAACCUUUACUGCAAAGCAGGGAUUCUUAACCUGGGGACCAUGAACUUCAAAAAAAAAAUUAUUUUGGUAACUAUUUCUAUGCAAUUAGUUUCCUUCGUAAUCUUAAGUAUUUUAUAUUAUGCAUUUAAAAAUAUUCUGAUGAAGGGCAUCAUAGGUUUUAAGAGACUGCUGUAGGGGUCCAUGGCAAAAAAGAUAAAGAACCCUUGCUGUAAAAUCUAAGUCCCUCCCAUCAAAACAAAAUUUUAAUAAGAAGGAAUGAUGGAAAGCCAUUUUAGUUUGAUUUUUUUAACAUUAAUAUUAUCUCCUUAGUACAUACUCAGCCUUCCCCACCACAGUUCUGUGCCCAGGUCACUUGCACAUUUUGAUUUGCUCAAUUCAUAGUGGCCAAUCUUUAAUGAUUCUUACAAAAUAAAGUUAGGCACCGAUUUUCUUUUAAUCACUGAAGCUUAAAUUAACACUAACAUUAAUAUUCUCACUGUGCCUUGUUAAACCUAUACUAUUCUAUUGCAAAAUUCAUACCAGUGUACAUAAAGUGACUUAAGACAAUGGAUUAAAACUUUA